AUGGGUCGUGCAUGGAUUUCCUCUGGGGCUUUGACUCUUCCAUCAACACCAUAUACACACUGUAAUGAUUCUAGGAAACUCUCCAAAUUCCCGUUUUACCCAUCGCCACCAUCAUUAUUACCAACCAGGUCUCAGGCGCGCAAUUGCAGAUGUCAAUUAUCUGCAGCAGUGCCACAAAACGACCUCAAAUUUGUACUCCACGAUGUCCUCGAUUCUUCUGGCCAGAAUACCACCCACGCCCGAGCAGCAAGGGAUGGUUUCUGCUCGGAGAUUCGAAAACUAUCUAAUAUUGAGAGAGAAACUAGCAUUAGUAUUUAUGGUGGGGUUGAUUUGGGGAGGGCAGCUCUGCAUAUAGCUGCUGAAGACGACUCCCUGAUCUCCCACUCUUCAGUUCCACUCCCAGUGGAUGAUUUCGUAGAAAGGUUGGACAAUCUUUCUAUGGACUACUGCUGUCAUUACAGCUCUUCAUUCAGUUCCUCACCAGAGAAUUUUGUUCAGUGCUUAGAAAGAUAUCUAUACAUUGAUAAAGGUUUUCGAAGGACUAGUGAAAGGAAUCAAGUAGAGCAGCGUGCUCUUUAUCUCCACUCGGUUUUGACACAUCGUUCGGGUUCUGCUUCUAUGCUCUCCCUCAUUUACUCAGAGAUUCUAAAGAUGCUUCGUUUGUGGGGUCUCCUAAAUUUUGAUGUAGAAAUUUUCUUCCCUCAUGAUUCUUACAGUUCUCCUAAAGGGUAUCACAAACAAAAGAGCAAGGAAUCUGAUCGAUCGCAUAUUAUGACUACACAAUCUUUACUAGUGGAGAUGUUGAAAGAUUUGAAGCACGCUUUCUGGCCAUUUCAACUUAAUCAUACUAGAAGUCUGUUCCUAAGGGCAGCACAAGCUGCUCACUGCUCCAAUGGAUCCAACAACUCUAAAGAAAGUGCUGUUGAGAUUGCAUCUGCCAAGGCUGCUCAGCAUAGGUUGCAACGAGGUGUUUGGACCAGUGUUCAUUUUGGGGAUAUGAGACGUGCAUUAUCUGCAUGUGAGCGACUUAUCCUACUCCAAACUGAUCCAAAGGAACUAAGAGAUUAUGCUGUUCUUCUUUACCACUGCGGAUUUUAUGAGGAAACACUGCACUACCUCAAGUUGUACAUGGAUACUAAGAAAUCCUCUACAUUGGAGCAAUCAUCCCGUUCAACUAGUGACAUGGAGGAAGAUGCCGUGGAGAAACUAAUGGAUCGACUUAAACUCAUUUUGAUGGAUGGUUGGUCUACCCACUCAGAUAACAGAAAUUUCAUUUUCAACAAUUCUGAACCAUGGUAA